GGGAGGGGAGAAACAAAUAAAGAGAGAGAGAAGGAGGAGGAGGAGGAGGGUGAAGGUAAAAGUUAGAAGUGUUAUGAGUCACAGAGAGAUGGGAGGAGCCUGAGAGAGAGAGAGAGGGGGAGAGAGAGAGGAGGUAUAAUUAUGGCAGGAGGCUGCCAGGGCGAGAGAGAGAGAGAGUCCAGCCCACUCCGGUAAAACCAUUCAACUGGUGAACGAGGGAACAUUCACCACACAGAGAGAGAGAGAAAGAGAGAGAGGAACUCCCUUCGUCUGGGAUAACUUAGACUUCAACACACACACACACACGCACACACACUCACUCUGCAGCGACCUCAUCCCGGGAACACGGAUCCUCCGACACUCCACAGAUUUUCCUUCUCUACUCUUUUUUCCAUCAUCCUCCACUCAUCACAGACUUUCUUCUUCUCCUCCUCUUCCUCCAGACGCCUCCUCGUCGUUCAGCCAUCUGUCUCCGACAGGGACGAACGAGGAUUACUCACUUCUCUCUCUUUUGUCCUCCGCUCUCUCGCUUCUUUAGAGCCUUUUUUUCCCUCCGUUUUUCGCAGGUGGACUGUGAACGGAACUUGAGAGAACGAGGGAGCAGACGGAGAGAGAGAGAGAGAGAGAGACUUUGAAACAAGAGGACUUUUUUUCUUCUUCCAACACUUUGGGUCAGAAACUUUUCCUCCGUCUGUCUGCAUCUGGCAGCAUCACCGACCCAGCAGCCAAUCAGGCGCCUGCUCUCAUCAUGUCCCCUCUGCUCAGCUGGACCGUCCUGCUGCUGCUGCAGAGCUGCCGCUCGUCCUGUCUGGACCCGCCGUCAGAACCACAUCCUCCUCCGUCCCUGACCGUCCAGCCUCAGGACCAGCAGCCGCUGCCGGACGCCCACUGCCCCUCCUGCGCCCUGGCCAGGAUGAGGAGGAACGAGGACGGCGCGGCGGCGGGGCACGAGCGAGAGGAAGAGGAGGAGGCGGCUCAGCAGGACGUGGUGGAGGCGGUGAAGAGGCACAUCCUCAACAUGCUGCAUCUCCAGGCCCGGCCCAACAUCACCCGGCCUGUCCCGCGCGCCGCCCUCCUCAACGCUCUGCGCAAGCUCCACGUGGGGCGAGUGUCGGAGGACGGCAGCGUGCAGAUCGAGGGGGGGGAGGAGGAGGCUCGAGGACGGGGAGGCCGGGGGGGGGGAGGAGGGGCUGCUGCCGCGGCGGCUCAGACGGGAGACGGCGGCGACGCUCAGGAGACGACGGAGAUUAUCACCUUCGCAGAGGCUGGUGCGUCUCCGGGCCUCGUGACCUUCGUCCUGUCGAGAGACGGAGGUGAUCUGUCUCUGGUGGAGCAGGCCAACGUCUGGCUCUUCCUCCGUCUGGCCAAGACCAACCGCAGCCGAGCCAAGGUCACCAUCCGCCUCUUCCAGCAGCGCCGGCUCGGCAACGGGCGCCCGUCGCUGCCGCCGCAGGAUGACGCCCUGCUGGCGGAGAAGACGGUUGACACCCGUCGCAGCGGCUGGCACACGUUCCCCGUGUCGGCGGCAGUGCAGGCGCUGCUGCAGAGCACCGAGGGCUCCUCGCUGGGCCUGAGGGUGUCCUGUCCGCUCUGCGCCGACGCUGGCGCCACGCUCGUCCUGGUCUCUGGCAGCUCGGAGGCGACGCAGCGCUCCAACCAGAGAGAGCAGUCCCACCGGCCCUUCCUCAUGGCCGUGGUCCGGCAGGGCGAUGGCGCCGACGCGCGGCGGCGCAGGAAGCGCGGGCUGGAGUGCGACGGCAAAGUGCGCGUGUGCUGCAAACGGCAGUUCUACGUCAACUUCAAGGACAUCGGCUGGAACGACUGGAUAAUAGCGCCGCCCGGUUACCACGCCAACUACUGCGAGGGGGAUUGCCCCUCCCACGUGGCGAGCAUCACCGGCUCCACGCUGUCCUUCCACUCCACCGUCAUCAGCCACUACCGCAUGCGAGGCUACAGCCCGUUCCAGAACCUGCGGUCCUGCUGCGUGCCCACGCGGCUACGGGCCAUGUCCAUGCUCUACUACAACGAGGAGCAGAAGAUCAUCAAGAAGGACAUUCAGAACAUGAUCGUGGACGAGUGCGGCUGCUCGUAGACACGGGACGCCUGGACCGGACCGGAGGAGGAUCGACCUCUGACCCCCGAGAGAGAGAGAGAGAAGAAGAAGUGACGUCCUCCUUUCAUCCCUCUGGGAUAUUAACUCUUCUCCGGACUCGGAGCUCAGAGAGUCAUAACGGCACUUUCAGAAAAAAACAAAAAAAUGAAGAAAAAAAAAGAAUAUCUAAUAUAUUUUUGUUACAAGCGGUGGGAGCGGCUUAUUUAUGAGGCUGAGACGUUCAGGCACCGACUCGACCCGUCGGACCUCGGAGAGACGAGGUGCCUGAAAAACAAAACUAUGCAACUUGUUUCAAGUAUUACGAACUCAUUGUAUUUUACUUUGACUCGUGUUUUUGUUUCCCGACAGUUUACGUUUUGAAAAUGUACGAGGAAGAAACGAAGAGAAACUCUUUUGUAUUAAUUCUUUGAACGUAUACAUUUGUGUGUGUAUGUGUGUGUGUUGAGAGAUACUUGAAAGAACCAAGUUGGACCGGCUGCUGGAACCAAACCCUUCUUCAUGUUGCCAUGGUUACCAUGUUGAUGUUUUAAUUAUUUUUGUCAGUACGUAUAUUAAUAAUAAUAUUAUUGUUAAUAAUAUUUUAUUUGGCUGCCUUUGUGUUGUUAUGUUUUAAAAAAAGAAACGUUCCAAACGUUUCCGUGUUUUGCACUACAGCGACUGAAAAGAUCCUCGGAGCGAGGA